CAAUUGCACUGAUGUGAUCUAUAAUUAUGAAUAUAUAUAUACCUAUUGACAAAGAGUCAUGAUCAACCACCUGUGAACAUGGUGCAAGUAUAAUCUGUCGAUCAUGAAGUAGAAAGUGUUUAAACAGGAUUAUGUCGGAAUGACUAUAAAUAGUUAUUUUGUGUAUUUUAUAAAUAUAAACAGAAAUAUGACGUAGUUCCUUGGAUAUCCUGUGUUAUGUUUUCCUGUUGCUGAAAACUGAACAAUGAUCGGAGUAACAGCAAUUGACAGCGAGAAUGACGAGUUAGUAAAAGAUCUUGUGGAGAAAUGAAUAUAUUCUAUCGGCUGCAUAUAAAAGUAGAGGAGUUUUUCGGAGGUCUAUUUGAAAGGCAUGGACGUUUUGUUGCCAGACAUCCGUGGGCGGUUAUCAUAGGUGUGGCUAUAAUAGACAUAGGACUCGGUCUCGGUCUUCUGAAGAUCCAGACAGAUAACAGUAUAGAACAGUAUGCCCCAGAAGACAGCACAGCGAGUAAACACAGGGAGGAGGUGUACAGCAUGUUCCCAAAUGUUGACACAGCCAACAACUUUUACCAACAUAGUUUGAUAUCCUACAGCCAUUAUGCUAUAGUUAUUGCUCAAAGAAAAGAUGGAGGCAACAUAAUUGAUUUAUCCAGUUUAAGUGAUGUCGAGGCUCUUUACAAUUACACCGUAUCCAUUUCUAUAGAUUCCAGUGGAUCCACGUACAAGUAUAAUGACGUAUGCGCCCGAAGAUUUUCAUCGUGUGUGAUAGAUGGCAAUUACAUUUUCAGUACUGACUUUAAGAAUGACCUAUCUACCGGAAACAUAUCAUAUCCUUCAUAUACAACUUCAGGUCAGACGUUUAACAUUAGAGACACUUUUGGAAAACCUGUAGCUAUCGGUGGCUUUCUAGAAUCUGCAGUUGCAAUCAGACUUACAUUCUCUGUUGCUGGCAACAGUGUAUCCGAUGACUGGCAAGAUGCGUUUAUAAAGAAAAUGAAGUCCUAUUCUAGCAAUACUCUUAAAAUAGAUUUUGCUCACGGAACCAGUCUUGAUGAAGAACUGAAUGCUAACAUAUCUGGUGAUAUUACCCUUUUUAUAGUGACCUUCAGCUUGAUGAUCACAUUUUCUGGAUUAGUUUUAUUUGGUGGAAAUUCAGUAUCAAAUAGGUGGUUUCUAGGUACAGCAGGGGUUGUUUCAACAGCUCUAGCAAUUGUUGCAGCGUUAGGAUUUGUAUGUCUUUGUGGAGUGUUGUUCGCCAGUAUUGUUGGGACAAUGCCGUUUUUAAUCAUAGGGAUCGGUGUCGACGAUAUGUUUAUUCUUUUGUCUGGUUUAGCACAGACUUCACACAUUGGUGAUAUUGAGACACGUAUUGGCAAGACCAUGCGUACUAGUGGUGUUGCUGUUACCAUCACAUCACUUACUGACGUCAUCGCUUUCUGUGCAGGUGCCUCGUCACUGUUUCCAGCAGUAAAACAUUUCUCCUUAUAUACAGGAACCGCAAUUUUGUUUUGUUAUUUGAAUUAUAUGACGUUUUUCGUUAGCUGUAUGACUCUUAACGAAAGACGAGUUUCACAGAACAGACAUUUCUUUACAUGUCGACGGGUUAAAACUAAAGAUAAAAUGAUUGAAGAAAGUAAAUCAAAGGCUUUAAUUCUAUGCUGUGCUGGAUCACCAUCAAAACAUCGAGAUGAAGUUGAAGGUCCGAUUGAAAAAUAUCCUAAAAUGCUCCUAAAGAAAAUUCUGCGGUUUACUCCUGCAAAAAUUAUCAUUUUACUUCUAUUUGCUGGCUUUGUAGGAGUAUCAAUAUAUGGAGCAGUCCAUUUCAAAGAAGGGUUAGAUUUAAAAGAUUUAGUGUCAUCAGACUCUUACUUCUACAGUUUCCAGGAAUCUCUAACGUCUUUCUAUGACCAAGGUAUAACUAUCGGUUUGUAUGUAAAAUCAGAUGUUGAUUACAGAUCGAGUGAGACACUGGAUGCUUUAAAUAGUUUACGGGACACUUUUCAGAAAGUUCCUGAUAUAAGCGACACAUUUUUCUUAUCAUGGUUACAUGCCUAUAUUAGUUCAACACACUUCGAUAAUUCAUCGAAUUCGAAUUUUGUAGCUGGGUUCCAGGCUUUUUCAGGAACAAUAGAAGGAAAUAUGUAUCUCAACGAUGUUACUUUUGACAAUGGGAAUAUAUCCGCUUCUCGAUUCCAUAUUUUAACUGAAAGUAUUGCAUCGUCCGGUGGUCAAGGUGACAUGAUGUUACGGGUACGAGAUAUCGCAUCUAAUUCACCGUUACCGGUUUUCCCCUACGCGGGAACAUUUAUUUACAUGGAAGGAUUUGUUGCAAUAUACUCCCAAACAUUACAAACUAUAGGUAUUUGCGUUGCUGCAGUUUUUGUUGUCACCUCCAUAUUCCUGCCACUACCGGUGAUGAUCAUUUUCAUUACAAUAACUGUCAUACUAAUUAUGGUAUCUAUUUUAGGCUUUAUGCAUUUUUGGGAACUGACUCUUAGUUCUGUAACAAUGAUUCACAUUAUCAUGUGCAUUGGAUUUUGUGUAGACUUUGCUACCCAUAUUUGUCAUGCGUUUGUACAGGCAAAAAGCACAAAUCGAGACGACCGAGUAGGUAUGGCCUUAGACACAGCUGGAGGUCCAAUUUUGAAUGGUGCUCUUUCAACAAUUAUAGGGGUUAUAAUGCUUGCUCCGUCCAAGUCGUUUAUCUUUUUCUCAUUUUUUAAGGUCAUGCUCAUGGUUAUGUUAUUUGGUCUGAUUUAUUCAAUUAUUCUUCUGCCAGUUUUACUUUCCUUUUUCGGACCAAAAUAUGUGUCAACACAAUCUGAGAAAAAGGAAGAGAGGUCAGUAGAUACUGAGAAUGGAAUUAUAAGAAAUUCAAAGUCUUCAAAUGGUACCGAACAUUCAAAAGAUACAUUUAUAAGGAAGAAAGAAUCAACAACUAGUCAAGGGGUAAAUACAGAUGAAGAUUCUAGAAACAAGAAAAAGAAGAAAAAGAAAAAGAGAAAGAAAAGUAGACAUCACGAGGAAGAUCAAACUGAAGAGGAAGAAAAAAGGAAUGAAAGUAGUCGGAUGACAACAAGGGACUUGCCGCCUAUAAAGUUUAAAUCGAAAAUUGAAAUUUCUCAUUCAAACAGAUCCUACAUACAUGAUUAACCUGUAAUAUGAAGUUCAAAGUAUUAGAAUUUUUUAGGCUUUAAGAUCCUUUCGUACAAACUUCAGUGUUUAAAAUUAACAGUUUAAGACCAUACUUUUACAUACAGUACACAGUAAAGAAAACUUUAUUUUGUUAAAGAUUGUGUUUUUGUUGUGCGGUGUUGUCUCAACUCUCGUGUACGUAAACCCCAUAUCAACUUUUAUUCAUAUUUUGAAUUUAAAUCGACUUUAAUAUCCUGAAAUAUUUGACUCCAUGUUAAGGUUUCAAUUGUAUAAAAUGUACUGACCACAUGCUACUUUUUCAAUUGUAGUUUAUCGGGAGGGUGUAAUAGAAACACGUUUGUGCUGAGUACGUGCGAAGCUUUUGUUCAAUGUUCAUCUUACGCACAAUCAACCCAAUAGGAUUAUAAGAUAUUAUACAAGAAGCAUAAAUACUACUUUAGUUUCUAUGUGACUCUAACAAAAGAGAAUUCAAAACCCACUUAGGUCGUCAAUAUAAAAAAGAAGACUGAUGUGGUAUGAUUGCCAAUGAGACAACUAUCCACAAAAAGACCAACAUGUCACAGACAUUAACAACUAUAGGUCACCGUACGGCCUUCAAAAAUGAGCAAAGCCCAUACCGCAUAGUCAGCUAUAAAAGGCCCCGAUAAGACAAUGUAAAAAACAAUUCAAACGAGAAAACUAACGGAAUUAUUUAUGUAAAAAACUGAACGAAAAACAAAUAUGCAACACAUAAACAAACGACAACCACUGAAUAUACAGGCUCCUGACUUGGGACAGGCAAAUACAUAAAUAAUGUGGCGGAGUUGAACAUGUAAGCAGGAUCCCAACCCUCCCCCAAAAUAUAAUUGGUAUAUCAAGUUUGCAUUUCACAUGUUUCAGUUUUGUAGUACAAUGUACUUUUUUUUUUUUUUAUGCAUGUAAUUGCAAUCUGAUUAUUUUACAUUUUUAAUUUUUUAGUUGAGUUAUCCAUUUGUUAUCAUUGUUUAUGGUGAAUGUUUUUAUGUUGAUAAUCAUGCCCAUUGCGAGCCCUCAAUUGGGCGUGCCAAGAUAAAUUCUUUACAACACAAGAAAUGCACCAUAUCAUAUCAUAUAUACAUGUAGUAGCUUCCAAAAGUAGAAAUCAAGUAUACUUGGAGCAUUAAUUUGGAAUUUAUACCUAAUUAACAGAUACAAGUUUCUUUUAGAGGCAAUAAUCGGAUUUGACAAAAAUACAUGAUAGGUCAACUUCAAUUUGGUCAAAGGACAAGAUUUCAAUUAAGGAACUGAAAAUCAAAAUCGUUUUUGCUGUGUUCAGGUGAAAAAAAUACGUCUAACUUGAAUGUUUACAAAUGCAAAAUAUUGUGUUAGUUGGUAAACAAAUAGUUAUUUGAACUAUUAUAAGAACAUUUUCAUUUUCACAGAAUUUUUAGUUUAUAUGCAUGACCUCAGAAACGUUGCGUAUCAUCAUUUUGAUGCAUUGCAUUUGCUUUUGAAAAAGUAAGUUGCAACAAAAGUUUAAAUCGAAAGAAAUUAAAAGUGUGCUUCUUUUAUUGUUGAGAACAUAUAAGUUAUGAAAUCUAGAAUUUGUUUAUAUUAAAUACGUGAUUUUAA